CAUACAGAAAACAACUAAUGUUUAUUAGCCAAACGGCACCUUUUAUCAUCAAAUAGAAAUAUUGAGAUCUUCUAAAUAUGAUCAAUUUGUUUUAAUCAAUCCAUUUCAUUGUUAAGAGGAAAAAUGCCAGUGAGAGUGGCGGAGGCCUCUGCACCUUCUCAAGCUCCAGGUGCAAAUCCUGGGCAGACUUCACGCCAACUUUGUACACUGUUGAGUGUUGGGCAGGGCUUCUCUGGUACACAGAAUGUUUCUAAUAUGCAGAAAGAGGAAGCUUGGAGAGUUAAUGUUCGUAUUCAAGGAUGUGACUUUGAUCAUGGUUACUUAUGUGGCACUAUGGAAGCUCUCGAUGUUCCUAUGGCUGACACGCCUGUGGUAACUUUCUGGGAAGGAGAGAUUGUUGAUGGCAAGAAUUAUACAUUUUUUACUGGCAAAUGGGAAGCAUCAAAAGAAGAUGAUAUAAGGCACUGGACAAAGUUUUCAUCUUUUUCCCCAUUCUCGGGGCAAGUGGAUGUUGAUGGUGGCAAAUCUUUGGACUUGAGUAACUACCCGUACAUAUUUAUGAGAUGGAAAGAGCAAUAUUUUGUCAAUGUUGGAACAGACUGUGGCUUAACCAUAGCUGGGUUUUACUAUGUUUGUUUCUCUUGCACUGAUGGUUCCAUCAAUGGCUUCUAUUAUGAUCCUAAUAGCAGUCCAUUUCAGAAGCUUGAACUGAAAUCCACCAAUGAGGGACGAUUAGGCUUCAGUUUUUCGUCUUAUGAUUUGCAGUAAAUUGGAAGACAGGCACUUGAUUGCAGGGUUAGCUCAGAGCUAAAUCUGUGAAAAUCAUAAAGGAUUUGCUGGUGCCAGAGGGACUUUGCCAAAUAUAUUUAAGAAUUUCUCAGAGAACAUAGAUUCGACAUCUUAUUAUGCUGUGUAUAUUUAGGGCUCAGUGAAGAACUACAAACUGGUCAGAAAUACUUUUCUUCGACAUGCAUUAUUGUAUUGUAUCCCUGGUCAUAACUCUGUGAGGAUUCUAGUCUGACUCGUUUUACUUUGUGAUCCUAAACAACUUUGGACCAUUCAGACAUAUUUUCUCCUA